AUGGCUCUCCCCAAACUGGCCCCCAGCAAGUCCAAGAAAGAAUUCCUACGACAUCUAGGGCUCUCGGAAGACAACGAAGCUGUCAGACGGGUGUACAACAUGAUGAAGGACGAGGCUGUUGCGGGCCUGCAACGCAUAAGUCAGACGCCGCACAAUCUGACAGUAGCUGGCAGCGUCCCCCAACCCCCCUACUCUUCGAAUCAGAUAACGGAGACGGCCAUGCACCAGGAGGUCCUCCGAAUUUACUCCUUAGCUAGUCCGAUGACCCGACCCAUAUAUGACCUUGGUCGCUUCAGGGAUGGACCUAAUGAAGACAACUGGGUCAUCAGGUGGUGCCUGUGGCAUGUGUUCCGAUACAGGGAUAAUCGGAACAGACGCCCUCGGUCUUCGCCCUCUGAAAGUCCUCCGGCAGAUCCGCAGUCGAGAGAUGGAAGUGAGGCGAGCGGCCGUGCCGGCGAAUACUGGGACCCGGUCAGGAAUGCCUGA